GUCCCCCACCUCGUCGGCGGCUCUGCCAGAAAACCCAAACCCACCUCACCGCCAUAUCUCGCCGCUGUCCCUAUCGAUCCGGACCCCACCCCGUCCACAUCACCUCACCGCCGGAGCCCCGCCGCAGCCUGUUGCCUGGCCUUCCCGCGCGCCGUGCCGGCUUGCUCCGCAGGUUAUAGAACCGGCAGGCUACGCUAACCCUAGCAUCCUCGGCUCGGCUGUAGAAGAGCACUGGGGGCGUGAGAGAGGGAGUCACCAGCCCUCGUGACCUCCUCCCGCUUCUACCUCGCCCCCGACGCUUGCGAAAAUGGGGAUCUAGGGAUACCCCAGCUCACUCCUUCCGGCCAUUUUCUACCAUUGAGAUGUCAAUAUGAAGGGACGACUAUAAUUGUAUACAUAUUAGAGUUAGUUUUCUUUUUCUAUAUUUGUUCAGAAUUAGAAACAAGCUUUCUCAUGGCAUCACCACAAGAAUCCAAUUCUGUAUGCUUGAAGCGAAAGCUUGUUGAUGACUGCCUGUCAAAAGACUGCAAAUCUCGCCGUGUCAAAUCUGAGAAUGGACCCUCAUUUGAUUCAUCUGCUAAACGUUGCAACUGUUGUUGCACGCGACCUAACCUUGCCAAUGAUUGUGUCAAUUUCCUAAAGAGUGGAGCGCCUAGCCGUAUCAUGUACUACAAACAAGGGUCUUGGCACAAUUUUCCUGAGCAAAUAAUGAAGUCCCUCAUUGAAGAAUUCAGAGGCAAUAAAUCGAGUGUUGUGUCUGUGAUGGACGAUGAGCCCAUUCUUGUUGAUUUCUUGUCAAUGACCCUUGUCAACCUAAAAACCAGAAAGCAGAGGUCUGUUGCGUGGUUUGAUGACACUGGCAAGCGUUUUUUCCCUUCCCUGUUCUUUGAUGAGGAAAGUGAUGAAUUGGCCAAAGGGAAUUCUGGUAAUGCUGACAGCACUGCACAGGGAAUAAUGGUAGACAAGGUUGCGAGUUCUCCACCUGAAGUGGUCAAGCAAGUUGUUCUUGAAUCUAGCCCUCCAGCUCCUGAAAAACCUUCGACUGUAGACAUAUUGCGCAAGAAGAUCACAUCUGUGGAAAGAGGCAGUGAAAGCUUUCUAUUUGUCCAGGAUCUUUUUCUCUCUGGUAUGGGUCCAUUUGCAACACCAAGUAACAUUCUUCAUAUCCACCGCUACUCUCCGAACGAUAUCACUGCUCAGUGUAGAUUUGAAGCUUUUGAAAGACAGAUGAAGGCAACUAAAGAAGCACGUGGUGAUGCAAACGUAAGAUAUGGAUGGCUAGGAUCAAGGAAGAAUGACAUAGUUAGGAUUCUCAUUAAUGGUUUGGGUACCACUGCAAAUCCUAUUGAGAAAGCAGGCUUGAGUGCUGGUGUAUAUCUUUCACCAGAAAACCGAGCCUUUACCAGUGUUGGUCUUUGUGAUGUUGACGAAAAAGGUGUGCAGUAUAUGUUGCUGUGCCGUAUGAUACUGGGCAACAUGGAAGCUGUUGAACCUGGAUCACAAGAAUCUUUUCCAAGCAGUGAGAUAUAUGAUUCUGGUGUUGAUGAUUGUUCGAACCCAAAGUGUUUUGUGAUGUGGCCAUCACAUCUAAGCACUCACAUCCGUUUAGAAUAUCUUGUUAGUUUCAAGCUUGUCUCAAAAGUUCGACAUUAUUUGCUUGACUUGAAGGGUUUAUGGUUUCACCCAUCACCGAAGGAAGCUGCAAUGGAUAUUUCUACCCUUCAACCUGUAACGUGUGAAACAGGUGAAGGACCAACUUCCCCAUGGAUAUCAUUCAGAGUUUUGUUUGGAGUGAUUCAGGACAAUAUAUCAUCUGUAGCAAAGGAGCUUCUCUUCCAUCAUUAUGAGGAGCUGAAGGAGAGCAUAAUUUCUCGCGAAGAAAUGGUGAAGAAAAUGAUAAUAAUAGUUGGAGAAAAAAUACUUUUGGAGGCCUUGAAGAAACUUCAUUACUGUCCAUCAUUAUGGUACAAGCCUUCUGUUGAAGCGGUGUCUAGUCAUCCCGUAAUGGCAGCACAAGAACAACUAUCAUUGGAUAAGGCAGGUGGGAAUUGUUCAUUAACUCUUAAUGUUAACGAUGGUGAUUCACAUGCACCAAAUGCUGUGGCUGAACACGCCACAGUUAGCAACAAAGGAUGUGAUGCCCUUGCAACAGAUAUGGUGCCCAAUGGCCAUGAAUGUCUGGCAGCAAGUGGUGUGCCAGAAACAUCUAAUUCUGCCAGUGUCAUAUGCGGGAGUUCUACAAGUGUGGAACCCAAAGGCAGAGAUUCUCAUAUGCAAAUCGUGCCACCUGGGACCUCGGCAACCCUGUGUGCCAAAAACCAUGGUUCUUCCAUGGGAAGAAUGGCACCUAUAGUUCACGAUGGCCUUUUGAGGACAAUUUCUGGAAACUCUGCAUCACCUGGUCAAGUUUGCAAAUCUGCUACACCAAUCGCAGGGCAUUCUGGUUAUGCUUCUCUAGCACAAACUAAUGCUUCCAAACCCCAUGGAGUUUCUGCUCCAGGUCUCACUUCUAAGGGCUAUGAAUCUGCUGUACCAAGCUUGGCACUUGGAAAUUCUAAAAGUACAGGCGUGAAACGUCUGAAUUCUGCACCAAGAAUGACACCUGAAGGCCAGGAAUUCCUUUCACUGGGUAUUGCAUCACGACCACCUCAUUUAGUAAAACUCCAGGCCGGUUUAACAUCGGUUGCCAUACCUCCAGUUCACAUGCCAGGCCGUGGAAAAUCAUCGUCAAUGAGCACCGAGGGCCGUGAUUCUCUGACAUUGAGUAUCACACCAAAAUGCAAUGGUGGCCCAGCAUUAAGUCAAGCGCCAAAGCGCCAUGAAUCUCCAAUAGCUGAUACGAGCACAAAGGGCCAUGAUUCUCUAGCACUGGGUAUCACGCCAAAAGGAAAUGGUGUUCCAGCAUCAAGUAAAGUGCCAAAGUGCCAUGAAUCUGCCAUAGCUGAUACAGGUACCAAGGGGCAUGAUUCUCUAGCACUGAGUAUCACGCCAAAAGGCCAUGAUGGUACAGCAUCAAGUAAAACGCCAAAGCAGCUAGCUGAUACACUGCCAGAAAGUGGUCACUCUCAAGGCCAGGAUGUGGCCACUAAGGUCUAUAGAGCUCCCAAACCAAUAACAGGGGAGCCGAAAAAAGAGCAGGCUGCAGUACCCGCCGCCGAGAAUAAACCAUCUGGGCCGAGCCUUGAUGCUAGCAGCCAUGUUACUGGGGCAGCCAAUGCCCUUGUCGCCCUGUCAACUCUGCGAGAGAAGGGUGGGCAUUAAGAUUUGCAGCAGCAGCAGUGGCAGUGUCAAAAUCGCGUCGGAUCAGAUCCUUGUUCUGUACAUGUGAUGUAACUCUGGUGCAGACUGGUGGGAAUGUAUGUAGUAGUUUUAUCUCCUAGGACAGGAAUCACCCCGUCGACUCUGAACAUAAAACCCUGUUUCAUCCGUGGUAGUAAACUGUUAAUCUGGUUCUUGUUGGCCGUUGUGGUAAAUUGGUGGUGGCCUGGUUCAAGGACUCUGCUUAACUAAUAA